AGAAAAAAAAAAAAUUUUAUUUUAUUUUUAAAAAUUCUUUCCAUUGCUGAAUGUUGUGCAUUGAUGUAAUCGAUAAACUUGAUGAUGAUGGUGAUGAUAAUUUCAAGGAGAAAAAAAAAUCAGCUGAUUGUCAUCAUUGAAUCAAAUCUGUAUUUGGUUUGUGGUAUUCAUUGGUGUGUAAACAAAAGUGUAUAUAUGAUUACAAAACAAAAUGAAUUCCAUAAUUUCAUCAUCACCAACACCAUCCACUUAUGUGAAAGAAUGGUCCAAUCUUGAAUCAAUCAAAAAAAUCCAAUAUAAUCGUCUUGGCCAUACUGAUAUGUUUGUUUCAUUAAUAAGUUUUGGUGCAGCACAUGUUGGACGUGGUAUAAAUAUUAAUAAUAAUGAUGAUGAUGAUGAUGAUGGUGGUAAUAAUCAAAUUGAAAUUUCUAAUAUAUCGCCAAAAGUUAUUGAUGCAAUUUGUCAGGCAAUACGUCUCGGUAUUAAUCUAGUGGAUACAUCACCAUUCUAUGGAAUGGGAUUGUCCGAAAUUAUUGUCGGUCAGGCAUUGAAAAAAGUUCCACGUCAAGCAUAUUAUUUAUCGACCAAAAUUGGACGACAUUCGGAUUGCAAUUUUGAUUAUAGCCGAGAUGCUAUUCGAAAAUCAAUUGACAAAAGUUUGAAAAAAUUAAAUUUAAACUAUGUGGAUAUCGUACAUGUUCAUGAUGUUGAAUUUUGUCCAUUGGAACUAUUAUUACGGGAAACAUUACCCGAAUUAGAACGGUUACGUUUGGCUGGAAAAAUUCGUUAUAUCGGCAUUUCGGGCUAUCCAUUAUCAUUGCUUAGAGAAAUUGUCGAAAAAAGUUCGGUAAAAAUUGACAUCAUUCUUAGCUAUUGUCGUCAUUCACUUUGGGACAAUGAAUUUGUCAAUUAUUUGGAUUAUUUCAAAUCGAAAAAUAUUGGAAUCAUAAAUGCAGCAAUAUUCGGCAUGGGUUUAUUAGGUAAUGAUAAUUCAACCAUUCCUGAAUGGCAUCCAGCAUCGAAAAAGAUUCGUGAUCGUUGUCAACGUGCAAGAGAAAUUUGUAUGGCAAAUGGAUCGAUACCAUUAACUAGAUUGGCGCUUAGAUAUUCAUUACAUGAAAAACGGAUAGAUACACAUUUGAUUGGAAUGGAAAGUAUUGAUAUUGUCAAUAGUAAUCUAUCAGCAAUUAUUGGAACAAAUUCAAAUGAUGUUUGUAAAGAAAAUGAAUUACUGGAUUUAAUUUUAAGGCAAGCAUUUGGCAAAUCUAUUGCUGAAAUGACAUCCUCAUCAUCAAAUGAAAAUUGGGAACAAAUUGAAGUGGAUCGUUAUCGCCAGAAUCCAGAAGAAUUUAUUCAAUUUCUUCGUCAAUGUUGGUCUGGUACUGUGCACACGCAUAGUGACUAAUUUUAUUAACAAAUUUACAUAUAAAAAAUCAUAAUUUUUGAUUUUUGAUGAAAAAUAAAAAUAAAAAUAAAA